AUGUUUGCAAAGCGAAUAGAAAUGCAUCACUCACCGCCUUACUGGUCUCUUGCUUUCGAAUGCUUCGUCCCUCCGUCUGCUUCAAAACACAUCUCAACCUGUUCAGACCACAGUAUCAAUAUGGAGAACGCCGCAACCUCUGAAGGGAAAGACCCUUCUGUCUUUCUGAGUGAGAUCAUCGGUGCGCCUGUGAUCGUGAAGCUGAAUUCUGGAGUGGUAUACAAGGGUGAACUGCAAUCAGUUGAUGGCUACAUGAACAUUGCCCUUGAAAAGACUGAAGAAUACGUGAAUGGAAAACUACGACGAAACUACGGGGAUGCUUUCGUGCGCGGAAACAACGUACUCUACAUCUCUUCCAGCUGA